UUUCUAGUUUAAAUUUGUCUGCCCUUGUUCGAAGAUCACAGGGAGACUUGAACACAGUCCGAUUUUAUAGUCCACAAAGCAAAAGUGUGAGACAGAUAAUCAUUAUAUCACAAAGUAGAUCUGCUACAACUUCAAUCUUGCUUCUGUAUGCAGCAUACUGUAUCUUCAGAGUGUGCUGUCACUGAAAACUUGAACCCAUUUGGCAGGUGUGAACGUGGAUUACCAUUGAAAAUGAGCUUCCUGACAUCGUGGGCGAUCAUUCCUCUUUUAUUAGGCAGCGUGGGGGUCUACAGUCUGUACAGGCUGCUUCGGAGGCUUCGCAGCAGAGCUUACAUCCAAGAUGCUGUUGUUGUAAUAACAGGGGCUACAUCUGGUCUUGGCAAAGAAUGUGCCAAGGUAUUUUAUGCAGCUGGUUCACAGUUGGUAUUAUGUGGGCGCAAUGAAGAAAGUCUGGAAGAUGUGGUGAGAGAGCUUAAUCGAAUGCGCAAAGGUUCUGUAAAGACGCACAAGCCGCAUAAGGUAAUAUUUGACUUGUCUGAUGUGGAGGCUGUUUCCAGUGCAGCAAUAGAAAUCGUAAAACUUGUGGGAAAUGUGGAUAUCCUCAUUAACAAUGCAGGGAUAAGUUAUCGUGGUACUAUUUUGAACACUAAAGUCAGCGUGGACAGAAUGAUAAUGGAUAUCAAUUACUUUGGACCAGUGGCUUUAACAAAAGCUCUUCUUCCUUCCAUGAUCAAGAAUGGGCGGGGGCAUAUUGUUGUAAUCAGCAGUGUCCAAGGCAAAAUAAGCAUCCCUUUCCGAUCAGCAUAUGCUGCUUCCAAACAUGCUACACAGGCAUUCUUUGACUGUCUAAGAGCAGAGAUGGCAGCUACUGAGAUCAACGUUACUGUGAUAAGCCCAGGAUACAUCCAGACAAAUCUGUCUAUGAAUGCAGUAACUGAUGACGGAUCCAAAUAUGGAGUAACGGAUAAAAACACAGCUGAAGGAAGAUCACCAGAAGAUGUGGCACAAAUUGUUCUAAGAGCUGUGGGUGAACGAAAAAAGGAAGUCCUGGUGGCUGGAGUGGUUCCUACUUUAGCAGUGUACCUAAGAACUAUUGCCCCUAAAUUAUUCUUUGCUAUAAUGGCAGCAAGAGCCAAGAAGGAAAGGAAGCUGAAGAAUGCAUAGAGUAAUAUAAAGAUAAAGCUAGGGAAAGACUGUGAAAAUGGAAAUGGUAUUACACAUGCACUGUUGCUGGUGGAAGUCACAAAACCCUAAUUCCAGAGCUACAGAAAUUGUAGUGCUCAUUAACUUUUGCUAUUCUUUGGAGACUUGACAUUAUCUAAUUUUUGUGAUGCUAUACUUACUCAUAAUUUUGAGAGCCAAUUGAUUUCUAAGAAAUAAAAUGUGAGCUGAUAGCAA